CCGACUCCGUAGGUCCCGGGCAACCACAAUCAAGGGAGUAAAGCUGACAUGAAGACGAUCCGCCGAGUGCGCCGCCACGAAACGGGACACUUUAACCGCAAUUGAACGAGUCUAAACGGUGCGUCCACCAUGCGGGGGUCGGCGCCACACGACGUCGAUCCGUCCUAAUGACGAAAGAUAAAAAGACAUCCCGCACUUCGGCGGUGUCCCAGAAACGCCGCGGAGUCCACGCUGCCGCAUCUGCAUCCUCGUCCUCUAUGGCCUCACCUCCUGGGGCCGGAACUGCCAAAAACUCGGACUGUGGCUCUGCUACCCACGUUCUCAUCACCUCCUCCGUUCCGUCCCCUCCAUCCUCGACCGGCCAGGAUGUCAACAACGUCGCCAUCAUAGCCCCUCCUCCGCGCGCCCAGCUCGGAUGCUCGAACGCGACCAGCGGCCCAAGCACGGACGACCGAGGAUUCGUCGAAGGAAGCUCCCAUAAUAACAAUAACGAACAUGGAUUGAAAGAGCGGGAAAACAGCCCGCCCACGGGCCGAGACAGCAGGAGGCCCGACAGCAAGAGCAGCGGCGGCGGCAGCGGCAGCGGCAGCGGUCCGGCGAAACCAACCUCAGCCUCCGCCGCAGCGACGGCCGCCCUCCUGCGCGACAAGGACCAGCGAAUCGGCCAGCUGGAACGCGAGCUGGGGGUCAUGGAGACGGAGUUCUCGCGCCAACUCGAGCGGCUGGCGCACGCCGAGUGCGACGCGGCCACGGCCUGGCAGGGACGGCUGGCGGCGGUCGAGGGCGAGCUGGGGUUCCUCGGGGCCGAGGCCGAGGCGCUGCGGCGGCAGGUUGCGGAGAAGGAGCGCGAGAGUGUUGGCUUGCGGGCGCAGGUCCGCGGGCUGAAGGCGUUCGUGAGCUCGAGCACCCGCACGGAUGGCCAGGCGGCGACAUCGGAUGAGGUUUUUGGGGAUGGCAUGGCGAAGCUGGGGAAUGGGCUGCAGAAUUGGGUUAUUGUGCAUUUUAGGCGGGCUAAGAUUGACCUAUCCAGCGCCGAUGACGAGGUGCGGUAUGAGGUGGAGAGGCUGGUGCCCAUGUGCGAGGAGCUAGUCUUCACAGCCAAAGUGCACUUCCUUCUGUCUCUCGUUUCGCGGGUUCUGGUGGAUAUGGUGUUCGAUUCUUACUAUGUCGGUCUCACCAAGGACCAGGCCCGGGGGUUUCGAUACGUGGAGCAAACGCUUCUAUCUUACGGUUCGCAAGAGACGCUGAAUCAAUGGCGGUCGUCGACCCUUUCCCUCCUUCGGCGUGAAGGAGACAUCAAGAUGCAGGAAGAAACAGAAGCGGUGAUCCAGGGGGUUAUUACGCGACUAAACAGGAUUCUGGAUGGCAUCGCAGAUGUCAAGUCUACGGAAUCUCGCGACCAGGCCCUAAGGGUGCAAGUCGUGAGCGCCAUCGAACUCUCGCGUCUCCUGGCCGUCCAGAAGGCCGUUUUCGACAUUCACAUGCCGGAAAUCCUGCCUCACCAGGAGACCAUGUUUGAUGGUUCGACGAUGGAGGACAUUGGCGGAGAGGACGAGGAGACGUUGUCGCGGCGGGAUAUUUGCUGCGUCACGUUCCCUGGCAUCAUCAAGCGCGGAGACGAAACGGGCGGGCAUCUACAAUAUCGGAACGUCAUUGCCAAGGCGAGAGUCCUGUGCAGUCCUGAGUGAUGAAGCGCUCGCUAUUCAUCCCAGGUAAUGAAGUGAAAUGAGAUGACGGCUUUCUUUGCCCAUCCUUCACUGCUCUUCGGUUCUCCCGGACCGGUGGCCCGGCGUUUCUGCAAUGCACCUCUGCUCCCAUCCAGAAGGCUACACAAAGUCGAGAAUUCCUCAUGCAUACCAUCGCGGGAAACCCCUUCCACCGAAUACCAUCGAAGGGUUUGGUUCCUCGUAUACUAGCUUAUAAUACCUUAUAAGGUGGAGUUACUUUUUUAGGACUCUCCCCGCACCCCUAGGUAGGUAUAAAGCACAAUAAGCAAUCAUUUCGAGCCGCC